CUCAAUUUGAAAUUAUUUAACAAAUUAUUUUUAACCUAAGUCAGAACUGGAGGUGUAAAUACAAUCCAAACUUUUUACAUUUUGAGUCAAAAUUCCCUAUUAUCCCUAGUUUACACACACACACACACACACACACACACACACACACACACACACACACACACACACACACACACUUACACACACAUACACACAAACACACACACGUGUAUUUAGAAAUAUAUUUUUACUAGCAAUGUUUCUAAGAAACUUAUAUUAAUUAUGAAGAUAUAAAAGGGAGAGUAUGACUUGCUACUCAAUAUCUACUUGUUUAAUGGUAUCGGAUAGAAGUUUUGCAUCAUGUGUUCAUUGUCUUCAAGAUUACUCUAUAACUGCUGUUUUAACAAUAGACAGCAAUGAGCUAAAUGACUUAUUAUGUGAUAAGCACACUAAAAAUAAUAAAAAUUGGAAGAUUCCUCACGCAAAGUUUGUCCACAUGCUUGAUGAACCUUCAUUUAAUAUUCUAACUUGUCUUGAAGAAUGUGUUGAGUUUAUUGAGAAGUUUAUAAAAAAUAAAGAAAACGUUUUAGUUCAUUGCUUGGCUGGUCAAUCACGAAGUAUUUCCAUUGUCACAGCCUAUCUAAUGAAAAAUAAACACCUUAACUUAGAAGAUGCUCUGCGAUUUAUUCAGUGUAUUAAAACUGAUGCUUUACCAAACAAUAGCUUUUUAUUUCAACUUAAACUGUAUGAAAUUAUGAACUACAAAAUCAUUCAAACACAUCCAAUUUACAGAAGUUUUGUUACAAACCUUCAACAAAAUAAAUUAUUGGGAAGUAGUCAUGCAUGGAGUCCAUUAGAAUACAAUACAAUGAAUGAUUUGCUAGGUAGUGCAGAGCAAACCUCUCCCAUAGUUUAUAGGUGUCAAAAGUGCAGGUGUAAUCUUAUGCAUUCAAAUGAUACUCUUCAAAUUCAUCAUAAAGAUUGUACAUCGUUGUAUUUAAUUGACCCACCUGACUGGUUAAAAUCUGAAAUGGGUUCAAAUGUGAAAGGAAAGAUUGCUUGCUGGAGGUGUUCAACAAAAUUAGGUGCCUACAGUUGGUCAGGAAAUAAAUGUUCAUGCGGAAAAUGGGUUACACCUGCUUUUCAAAUUCACAAGUCGAAAGUAGAUUAUCAAACAGCCAAGACAUUAAAAUAAAAGAACUAAAGAAAAAAAAUUUAAGUAAAAAAUUCAUGCAGUAAACUGAUUGAAAAUUGUUGCUCAUCAAACAUAAAAAUUAUUUUAAAAAAAGCGUUGAAAUAAAAGUUGACUUAUUGAAUAGUAAAAUAAACCGUUGAAAAUCAACUCAUGGAACAGUUAAGUUAAAAGAAUAGUUUGCUUAUCCAGCAACAAAAUUUAACUUUCAAAGAAAAAUACGUCCAUCCAAUCUUUAACGUUAAAAAGAAAUUAACAUUAAUGAAAUUAGCAAGAAAAACAGACAAUGAAAAUGCUGAAUUUUAAGAAGAAAAAAAGCAAUAGCUAGUAAAAGUUACAUUUAAUGAAUAAAGUGUAAAAUUUAUGAUAGUUAAAAAAAAAGUGACUAUGAGUAACAGUGACUGAUCUAGAGGUAAGAAACGGAAUAUGCAUCAAAUUUCUUUCACCAGGUUGCCUAAAAAUAAUAUUUUGUUCAGCUAUAACACUUGUAUAAACUGUCAAGAUUUUCCAUAAUAUUGGAA